AUGGAGACGUUCGCCCCUUUGACGAAAGCCGAGCGGCGCGAGCGCUUCAUGCACAAGACGCGCGCCGAAGCGGGUUACGUGUUCAAGUACCUCAUCCUGACGCAGAUCAUCGUGUACCUCGAGGCGGGCGCCAUCCCGUGCCUCCUCGACCAGCUCAGCGUGUCGCUCGACCUCGACGCGACGCAACAGGGCGCGCUGGGCGGCGUCGUGUACUUGGCGCUGAGCGCCGCGUCGCCGCUGUGCGCGUACUUCCUGCACCGCUUCAACCCGCGCGUUGUGCUGGGGGUCAGUCUGCUCUGCAACAACGUGGCCGUGCUCAUGCUCGCGCUCACGCCCACGGGCUACACGUACAGCGCCAAUAUGCUCAUCCUCGCGCGCGCCGCCGUGGGGUUCACGCAGGCGUUCCCCUGCAUCUACACGCCGCUCUGGGUCGACGAGUACGCGCCACGGGAGAAGGUGGCGGGCUGGAUGAGCUACCUCCAAGGCAGCGUCCCCAUGGGCGUCAUGCUCGGCUACUUUAUCGGCACCGUGAGCAACUGGCUCGUGCCCGAGAGCUCGCCGCACGUGCAGACGUGGCGCUGGCCGUUCCUGCUGCAGUUCCUUGCGCUGCUGCCGGUCAACAUGGCGAUCUUCCUCGUGCCCACGAAGCACCUGAUCAUCCGCAGCGACAACGACCGAGAGGCUAUUGGCAGUGGCGGCACCGAGAGCGCGAGUGUGAGCUCGUCCGACGGCUGCGACGACGAAGUGCAGUCGGUGGAGGUGGAGGUGGACCCGGUGCAGCAGACGAGUGUCCAGGACGGCGGAGACGCAGACGCUACGCGCGAAGACAAGAAGACGCACAACGCAGAUGGUACGCUACGCUGCGAGCUUGAGCCGCUCACGUACGGACGCAGCGGCUUUUCGAGCACGCGUGGGCGAGCGGCGUUUGGUCUGCACAGCUUUUUGACCGAAUCAGCAGCGGGCACUCCGAUGAGCACGAGGUCGACCACGUACCACGACGAAGAAGAUGCGUUGCUUGCCAGUGCGAGUAUGUACGGUGCGAGCAGCCAGCGCAGCUUCCGACAGCUUCUCCAGAACCAGGAACAGCAGUACCAUCUCGGGCAUUGUGAAGAGGAUGAGGCGGUCGCAUCGAUCCGCCGUACCAUGAUUCGGACGCCGGGCGCGAACGGGAGUGCGGCACUACCUGACGCGGUUGGAGAUGAACUGGAAGCUGGCGAGAGCAUUGUCAAUGCGCACCCGGCAACCUCAACGGCAGCGACCAACGAUACCGAGCCUGCAGGUGCUGACGCGCUCGUCCUGGCGGCUUCGGCUACAGUACAACAGCAGCCAUUGCCUGCGCCCGAAGGUGCUCCUGGAUCAUCAUCAUAUGGUGCCUUGGACACAGCCAUAACUCCAGCAAAGUCUGCGCAGCUAACUGUGCUGGAGGCCUCGAUCAUGGACGAUGAGUUCAUUGAAGUGUACGAGCAGGGCGCGUUUUCGGACGGCCUGCACGAGCUGUUGCGCAUCCCCGUGUUCUGUUUGAUCGUGUUCGGUCUCACGACGGUAUACUUUGUCGUCACGGGCGUGCAGUACUGGAGCACCAUCUUCAUGAUCAAGUCACUGCACGCGUCGAAGUACCUGGUGAACGCGCUCUUUGUCGUUGUGUCUGGUACAGGGCCCAUUCUCGGCGUGUUCUUUGGCGGGUGGCUCAUUGACCGAUAUGGAGGAUACAUAGGGGUGGAACAGCGCGCUAAGGCUCUGGGAAUUUGCAUGAUUCUUGGACUCACAGCCUUUUUUAUUUCGGCGGUGACGACGUUCUUCAACGACGUCUUCGUUACCUCCGGCUUCUUGUGGCUGCUGCUUUUCUUCGGCGGCUCGAUCCUGCCAGCUUGCACAGGCAUUUUCAUUUCGGUCGUGCCGACUGAACACCGCGCGCUCGCUUCGUCGCUCUCGGUGAUGGUGUUCAAUCUGUUCGGCUACUCGCUGUCGCCGUACCUCACGGGUCUGAUCAUGGAGUGGGUCAUCUCGAAGCAGGGACAACCGAAGAGCUACUUCGAGUUUUGUGACGAAGCUUGUGCGUACCGGGUUGGAUUUCGCUUCUGUCUCUGUUGGUCCGUGUGGUCCGUCUUGUGUAUCGGGUCCGCAUGGCACAUUGCCUCUCGACAGGCGGAGAACGCUCGUCUGGCGAAGAACUUCUAUAUCACGAAACGCCCGGUAGACGCAGAGUGCUAA